AUGGAUGACCUCGUCAACGGCAUCGAGCUGUUAGACGCUAGGCUCUGGAAGGAGGCGGCCAUCGCCCUAGUCACGAUCAUGUACGAAGAAACCAAGUCUAGGGGGUUCACCAUGAACUGGAAGGCGGGCAAGACGGAGCUCAUGGCCUUCUUCAGCGGCACAGGUGACAUCCAGGACAGAGCGGAGAAGUCCAGUGCCAUGGUGGGCAGGUCGCCCUCGGAGUGGAAGCAGCUGGAGCUCGACAGUGCCGGUUUGAGGGCGGCACUGACGCUUGCGCUGUGUGCGGCGUCCUCGGGCCUGGCGGUGUUGCUCUUUUUAAACCCACCUGCUCCGCAAGCCAAUCUUCCCUGCAUGUGGAAGGUCCCCGAGGUCAGGUUCCUAUGUUCCCUGCAAGAUACGUCCCCGACGAUCACGUCGAGAUGUGAGCCCAUGGGGGACCGUCAGUGCCUGUGCAUGAAUGCCAUGCCGAUCAUGGCCCCUACUGACAGCAGCCAGAUCGAAGUCUACGCAGCUGCUGUCAUCACGCAGGACAGCGCCGAGGCAUCCGCCGCGGGCCGCAGCCUGGCCGAGGCGCUGGGCUCGCUGCGCGGGGAGGGCGCGCUGAGCGAGGCGGAGGCCGAGCAGGUGCGCGUGCACUUCCGCAGCGCGUUCGCGGGUGAGCUGGCGAGGGUGCCCGAGUUGUGGCAGCUGCACCUGCGCGGGAGGCUGAGCUCGUACAACAUCGGGAGGGGGACGGUCGCGAUGACCAUCACUGAGCCGAAGGUGCACGCGACCGGGGCGGCGUUCUACGGCCUGGGCCGCCUGAAGGUCGCCAAGGUGAACAACUUCGGCCAAAGAGGCUCCUGGAUUGCUACAAGCUGGCCAGAAGAGGCCACAAGGCCCUGUGUCGUCUGGGAUUUCCAGGCUGGCUUCACGGAGUGCAGGGAGGACGUGAGCGGCAGGAUGUCUCGCGAUCUGUUUGCAUCUCGUCCUCUGGCGAGCCGCUGCAACGCGUCGCACCCGCUGUCGCCCACCCUGCCGCCGCCGCCGGCCCUGGGCCUGCCGUGCCACCAGCCGUGCCAGGCUGGAUUCUACCAGGAGGCGGCGGUGUCGGUGCGUCCGGCGCUCAGGCUGCCGUCGCUGCAGGUCUCGUGCAGACAGUGCCAGGCUGGCAGGUUCUCCCUCGGCGGGGGCACGCUGCUGGACGGCAGCCGGGGAGACUGGGCCAGCCCCUGGCCUGGGAGCCUGCGGACGUACUGCUUCUACCGCGGGGCGGACGCGAGGUGGCACGCGGGCGACGAGGUUCCCAAGGUUUGCAUGGUGCACCUCGGUGACCUUGACGGCGAAAUCUCCGCGGAGGCCAGGGCGGCGCUCUGGAACGUGCACCUCCCCGACGCGGGCUUCGUGUACGGCCUGGUGCUGGCGCCGCCCGGCAACGAGGACCUGUGCAGCCCGCUGUCGCCCUUCGAGCAGCAGCGGAUGCGGGACAAGGCGGGCCGGGCGUGGGCGGCGCGCGUCGCCGCGGAGCUCGCGGACCCGCCCCUGCGCGUGCCGAGCCCGCGCUGCAGCGAGGGGGCCUGGGAGGCGCUCAACGGGACCGGCGGGGCGGAGGGCCCGAGCGAGGACCCCGAGGUGGUGCUGGAGAUGAAGCUGGUGUUUGUCCGCGAUGGCCACAUCAGGUUCCGCUAUGCUGUCGACGCGGAGGAGCUCUAUGACGGCCUGUCUUUCUUCGUGGACGAGGUGAUCGUGGUGCCGAGGGUGUCUUGGACGGCGGAGUACUCGGAAUUCCAGGUCCCGGUGCUUCGUGGCCCACACUCUUUCUUGUGGGUCUACUCAAAGGACUACAGCGGUUCCGCCGGCCACGAUGCGGCCAAGCUCCAGCUGCUAGAGGUUGUGGGCUCGGCGUACGCGGACACGGAGUGCCGCAGUUGCGAGGGAGUGGCUGUUCACGGGACGGACGACCGUUGCCUUACGUGUGGCUGGGGUCAGUAUAUGGACGCCGGUACCAGCAGUUGCCAGAAGUGCCCUGUCGGCAGGUGGUCGCCUCCGGGCUCGGAGGGAUGGUCAUCCUGCCGGCUUAGCCGCCCUUGCACGAUCUGGGACUACGAGAAGACGUUUUCGUCGUUCGACAUCGACAGAAGAGGGAAACGCCGCCCCGUCUGGACAGGCCCCAUCUGCCGCCACAACAUGACUCUAGUCACGUACUCUCUACGGAAGCCCGUGACCUGCGACAAGGAGCAGGACGGUUCUGAGCGCCCUGCGGAUGACGUCGCGCCCUGCCCGCCUUGUCCGGGCCACAGCAGUCGAAGGAUUGACAUUGUUGGGUUUCAGAACGGCGAGUGCGAGCCAGUGCUCAAGCCUUGCCCCAGCGGCUUACACGGGGCGAGGGAGCUCUUGGUAGAUCAUUGGGACGAGUGGCCCAAGGGUUUCCACACCGCGGUCGGCGCGAUGCGCACCACGAGUAGGGGCCCUGCUGACCCAGAGCUCGUGGGCAGCGGCUGGCGGCGGUCCCCCGACGGCGCGGCGGCGGUGAUCGGCAGCGCGUUCGGCGGGGGCGAGCUGGAGGGCUGGGGCGCCGAGGCGUCCCUGCUGCACCUGGACGUGGUGCUGGAGGUCCCUGGCGAGCUCCGGUUCGGUCUCGAGGCCCUGCCCGCCAGCGCGUGGUCUCAGCAGGCGUCCCUGCUCGUCAACGGCUCGGCGCGGGGCGCCCUGGCGCUGGAGGCGCGCGAGGGCCGCCGCGUGACGUGGAGCACGCCGCUCGGCCCCGGGCCCGUGCGGCUGACGUGGGUGUGGCGGCACAUCAGACGUGGAGGCCACGGACGAGGGCCGGACUCUCAGCGGGAUCCGCCUCCUGAACGUCUCGGUGACGAACGCCAAGGGCGCGGGCAUCGCAGCCUGCGUGCCGUGCGGCGCCGGCUUCGCGCCGCCGUCGCCGCAGGAGGGGGGGUCCACGCCGUGGGCGGUGCCCUGCCAGCCCUGCCCGCCCGGCAAGGCCUCGCCCAGCGCGAGCGCUCCUUGCCAGUCCUGCCCUCCAGGCUCGGCCUCGGGGCGCGGCGCGGCCUCCUGCAGCCCGUGCGGCCCGGGCCUCCGCAGCGGCGCCGGCGCCUCAAGCUGCAGCUGGGAGGACCUCGGAAGGCUGCGCAAGGGCCGCCGGGAGUGGAACGCGUCGUUUCUGGCUGCGGCGUGGCAGGUCGCAGCCCAGGCCUCCUCCCAGCUGAUCACGGUGGAGGACGAGCGGUUUUCCAUCGAUCCUUUCGGGCCCCGUGCGGCGCCUGGCAGCCCGUCGACUCCGGCCGGGUACGUCACGGCCUCGCAAGCAGUGGAGGGUGA